GAUAAAUCUCGAUUGGAAAGAUUUUUAAAAAUAAAGAUCAAAGGCAUUGCACACAUGUUUUCAAAUAUAAUUCAUUUAGAUUUCGAAAAUGGUAAAUGUCUUACUAGUAAAGCUCUAAGACUAAUAGCGGAAUCAUAUUCAAAUUUAAAUGAUAAAGGCCUAUAUGCAAUCGCAAAUUCAUACCAUAAAUUGGAAUAUCUAAAUAUUUCUGGUCGCACAGAAUAUUCCGAAAUAUCAAUUUGUAAUAUUAUUCGUUCUUGUAAAAAGCUCCAGUAUCUUAACCUUAGGUAUUGUAAAAUUACCGAAAUGACUAUUGAAGAAAUUUCUAGAUCAUGUCUUAAAUUAAAAUAUCUAAAUCUGAGAGAAUGUAAUAAAAUUAGCAAAAAAGAUGCAAAACGACUUAUUCCAAUUGGAAUUUUUGCUGAACCAUAUUACAUAGCUCUUGGACGAUCUGAUCUGG